CGCCCCGCAGGUGCCGCAUCCUCUCCCCGGGAGAAGGGUGUGUUGCUCCCAGCUGUUGCGUUACGGAGUGGGACGGGUCUCGCUGCCCGCCACCCCCGAUACCGCGGCUAUAUAAUACCCCUUUCCACGCAGGGCAGGACCCAGUCCGCCCGGCUCCGCACCCCGAGAGGGACACGCGCCAGCCCUCCCGGCUCCAGCCUCCCUCCGCUCGGUUCGCGCAGCAGCUGACCAAAUGCUCCCGAAGGCGCAGGAUCCGAUGGACCUGGUCGAGCUGGUUCUGCGCCUGCAGGACCGCGCAGCGGUCGAGCAGGGGUACAGGUGCGGCAAGCGGGAAGGGCAGGCCGAGGCGAAGAGGCUGCGAUGCUUGGUGAUCUUCUGCCUCGUGCUCGAGCUGGCCUUGGCGUUCCCGGUGCUGUACCUGCUGCACAAGAGCGGCAGGUGCGCGCAGCUGCACCCCGGCGAGGUAUCAAGCGGAAGAACUGCUGAAAUUCAGCAAUGGCCGGCCCAGUCAACGUACUCCAGCGGUCCUGGUCCAGAAAAAAGGCCAAGGGUCCACCUUACAUGCUCUGACGAAAAAAUAAAUGAAGAGUGUGAGACAGACAGGUUUCCAAGCCUUCACUGGAGAAAUGAAAAAUCAUCCGACAGUAACCAAAUUAAUCACAACGGCACUUAUUUGAUAGCCCCGGUGACAGGAGACUACUUUGUCUAUGCUCAGGUCACCUUCCUGUGCAGUGACGGGGUGUGUGAAGCCCUGAGAUACUGCAACAAGUCACUUUCGAGUGAAACCGAGGUGCAGCAGUUGAUCACGAAAAUCAGUCCACGCUACGGCAGUCGCUCAAAGACGAUCCUGAAAGCCGUCAGUUCCAUCGGCGAGAAGAAUAAAUGGAAGAAGACGCUUUACCUGGGUGGGAUCGUUUCACUAAGGGAAGGUGACCACAUAAUGGUUAAUGUUAGUAACUCGGAAUUGGUGGAUGGACGCACACCAGAAAAAACUUUCUUUGGGGCUUUCUUGAUCUAACUACUGAUAAGAAAUCAGAAAUGUCUGCUAGAUACAAACCGAUUUUUUUCAUUAUCCUGCCUGGUGUAAAUUUUGUGAUUGUGGAUGCUUCCAGAACAAUUCUCAUUCAAGUUUUUUUCUUCUGUAUGGGAAAUUCCAACUUAGCUGGUCUUCUCACAGUGGAUUUAUUGCUGGAUGCUACAGGGCAGUUUAGCCCAAUUCAGUGUCUUCCAAGUGUGCUGGACUUCAAACCUCAUGGUCCCCAGCCACCAGGGCUUAUGGGUUUGUGGUCCAUCAGACCUUCUGUGUGUCAGGUUGGGGAAGGGUCUUGUGGGAGGGAUUGCAAUUCUUUCCAUUCUCGUACGUUUGUAUCUCUUGAACACUAAAUUAAUAGUGAAUGUUUUGAGUUGAUCGUGCCAAUGUCUGUAUCGAAAGACUUCUAGAGGGCUUGUUGCAGGAUUGCUAGUGCAUGUAGACACCUGGAAAAACACACAGGUGUGUGUGCACUAACACAGAAUUAACUUUUAGAGUGGCAGCGUACCAAAUGAAUUCAAGAGAUGGGGAAUGCAAACUGCAGCAAGCCAGAGGUCCUUAACGGAGCAAACAAUGGGAAACAUAGGCUACCCUGGUUCGUGGCUACUGCCUAAAUGAUGUUGCAGAACAGGCGCCUGCCUGCCUGCCAGCCAGCCAGCCACUCUCUUUUCCAGGGCGCUCCAUUCCAUGUCCACCCAUCCUGCCACCCCUUGCCCAGUUUUCUGAGCUAAUUGUUUCAUGCCUAUGACACAUGUUGAGUUUUCAUCAGGUUGUGAUAGAUCUUUCCACUCCUCCCUGUAGGCUUCCUACAGAACCUCACAUACGGCAUACCUGGGCCAGGUGAGAUCUCUCUUUUAACCAAAGGUGGAGAUGCUCCGACCCCCAGGAGGGACACCCCUGCCCAGGGAGUCAAGGCUCAUGAAAAGAACAGGAGCACAUCCAAAUGUCUCUUCCAAAUUUCUCCCAUUGUUGAGAAGUUCCAAAUGAGCCUUUCUUGUUUCUGGAGUCGAAGCAAAGUUGGGCCAUGUUCACAAAGGAAACGAUAAAGAGGGAGAGACAAUAGUUAAAUUGGAUUAUUACGGAGAAGCUUCUGAGCAUGGAGGCUUGUUGUGUGGAGUUUGUUGUAUGUGGUUGCUUUGCUUUCAGUUUUUGUAAGCCAUCCCGAGACUUUACUAUUGGACGGCAUAUAAACACUUUAAAUAAAAUAAGCAAAUAACAUAAAUAAACAUUCUUUGCCUGGCAGGGCAAGAGGCAGCAGGGGUGAUUCUGCCUUCCGUGCCUACUCUCAGAAAUAAACGCUCUCGCUCAUUUAAAACAGAGCCUUAAAAUUUAAACAGGUGAAAAGCUCACCGCUUCCAGCACAUUUUGUCCAAUAUACUCAAUUUUUCUGGUAUAGGAUGAUGACCUUACUGGACAUGAGCAAUGAGCAGGGAAGGUGGAGGAGAAGUUAUAGGAUUUCACAGAUGGUACCCACAAAAAGGGAACUCAGAAACAAGAACAUCUCUUUUUGAUUUCAUAAGUUCCAGAUAUCCAUAUUCCAGAUGGAUACGCUUAACUUUCUAUGGCUAAGGAUGGUGGAAGAAAGUAUUUGCUAGCAUAUUGAGGCCAAACUCCUAACCCAAUACCUGAACUGGAACACUGUUAUAUCUUCAUAUUUGCACAUUUCUGGAUUUUGUAAUGCAGUCCUCCAAUUUAUUUAUUUAUUUAUUCAGGGGGAAAUGUGUAUCACUGGGGAAAGUGUACUCGAAGUGUGUAUCUCAGCAGCACUGAUGCACUAAAAUUCACGGUUAGUGAAAAAUGCUUUCAAAAAUCCAUAUAUUAUGAAAUAGUGCAUGCAUUUGAGGAAGCAGACAUGAAAAUGCAUGUACUUUUUCCAUGGACUUUUAAAAAAAAUGCAACGUAAUGCAAAAUUGGGAUGGAACAGACAUUAAACUGGAAAACUGAGAAGUGGAGAAAGCUGGAACUUGCAGAUUCAUUCAUCCCUAUCAAUAGAUCCUUAGCAAUAGCUCAGGAGCUGUUUCUCAUUUCCCCUUGCCUCAUUUUAUUCUGGCUCAGUGCAGAGAAAUCCAACAAGACUCAUCAGUGUAACAUAGAGAUGAAAAAUCCAUGUAUUGUGCUAUGUAUCAGUUUUGCACGUACACACUCGUGACUACAAUCUGUCCACUUUCCACAUCUGCUCCAGAUUUUACUCACACGAAUAUUUUGAAUGACCUUUUCCUAACAAGGCAUUUGUAGGCCUUUUUCUUGAAUGGAUGUAUUUUUCUAUGCAACUUUCCCUAAUAUGUUCCUUUUUCAUAGGCAUUUUUGGACCAAAAUCUGCAUUGCAAAAUUCAGAGAACUUUAUCUGAAGGAUAACUAUGCUUCCCCCAUUGCUAAUCUCAGCUAGAAAUCUAGAAAUAGCUAGCUACUCAUCUAGCUAUUAUAAUCUAGCUAGAAUGCAGAACCUUAAGAGAACAGAAAUGGCACAAUUAAGUACUGUUUUCCAGUGUGGAAUGAAUCAAGUUAUGGAAACAUCUUGGAUAAUAUAAAAUUACAUCACCGCCUGUCCCCCUUCCUCAGGCUGCAGUCCAAGACCCCUAGACUUGACUCUUCCCUACUGGUGGGGUUAUUUUUCUGAGAUUUGCUGCUGGCUUUUCUAAGAUCUGCUCAGUUCUUCCCAGUCAGCUCUGCUCCCUUAUUUCCCAUUCUUGGAACGCCAGCAUCCUCCAUUGCUGCAGACUCUUCAGGGAGGUCCAAAAGGGCCAUUUUCUAGGAAGUGUAUUCCUAUUUCACUCCGAAGGUUAUUUAGAAGUGCAUAAUAAUUAAGUUCUUUCUUGUUGUAUGGAUGGGAAUUAAGGAUGCAUUGGGGUUGUUUGCUGUCUGUUAGGGUUCCCUUCACGGAACACUUCUGCAUCAGCUCCAUCUGUUGCAAAACUUGGGGAACCCCCCUCUCUCUCCCCACUUCCCCACAUACCUCUCCCCCUAUUUCUGUGGGUUUAGUGAUGUUAAGCCAAGAACCUUCCUCGAGCCCCAGGUUCCCUCCCCUUGUUUUACGUAGAAGAGCGCAAUGUACAGCAAUGCAUAUUUUCCAUAUGUGAGACCCUUAGUCUGUCUUUGUUUAAGGGGGAAAUGGUUGAAGUAUUUUAAUAAAUAUAAAUAUAUAUUAAAACUAUAUUAAAUAAAUAAUUUAUCUCCUUUGA